AUGCCCUCGCCGGCGCCGCACCUCGUCGACGAAAUCCUGGAGGAGGUCUUCCUCCGCCUGACCACCCCGGCCGAGCUCGCCCGCGCCUCAACCGCCUGCCCCCGUUUCCGCCGCAUCAUCACCGACCGCUCCUUCCUCCGCCGCCACCGCAAACGCCACCCACCUCCGCUCCUCGGGCUCGUGAACGUGGAUGGCAGCUUCCAACCAGCCGAGGCGCCCCACCCCUCCGCCCCGCUCGCCCGCGCUCUCGCCGACGCCGCUGAUUUCACCUACUCCUUCGUCCCCGCGCCCAGCAAUGGCAUCCCCUGGCAUGUCCGCGACGUCCGCGAUGGCCGAGUCCUCCUGGAGGCCUGCCAGGUUUUGGAGACCCUCAAAGACAUGGCGCUGUGUGAUCCCUUGUCACGGCGCUACGUGCUGCUUCCGCCCAUACCGACGGACCUCGCUGUCCAGGAAGAGUACCCAUUUGAUAUCGUGCCCAUCCUUGCUCCCAUUGCGGAUGAUGAAGAUGAUAUGUCGUUCAAGGUGAUAUGCUUAGCCAUCUAUGGUUCCAAGCUAACCGCCUUUGUCUUCUCGUCUGUCACACAGCAAUGGUGUAUAACUGCAUCUAUCGGUUGGAGUUUGUUAGACGCGCAUCACCCUCCCCUUGGACUGUGCAUGUUUUCCACUUAUGGGUUCUGUGGCUUGCCCGGUUUCGACAACGAGGGCGGAUGCUUCUACUUGGCGUCACCUUUGUUAGACAAGUUGUUCGUGCUGGACACACAAAAAAUGGAGUUUCUCACUGUCAAAUAUCACACUGGCUAUGAUAUACUGGUCAGACACCUGCCUGGCCGGAUAAUCGAAUUUCUCGCCAGAUACGGUGAUCCCCAUAUAAUUCAACCUGGCCAGGACAGAAGUAUGCGUGGCAUUGUAGUAGGUAGAGAAGGAGACCUCGAGAUGUUUUCUCUCAUCGGUGAUCACAGCCCAAAUGGCUCAUUUGAUCUCUAUCAUACGACUCAGCAAAGCAAUGGUGAAUCUUCCAAUGAAUGGCGGAUGAAGAAUAUUAUACCGUUGCCUGGAGGGCAUGACUAUUUCACCAUGAGUGCGGCUGAGGGAUUAUUGUUCCUUGGAGCCACUACAGAAGAUCAAGUGGGCUUUGAUAGAGAGUCUGGGCCGCCAUUGUCCAGGAUUGAUUGGGAUGUAGAUUAUUUUUCGCUUGAGGUCAAGACUUCUGAAGUGAGGAAGGUUUGCACGAGCAAGGGGAAAUUCUUCCAUGCUGAACAUGUUCACUGGUACUUUGGCUACCCCCCGUCGCUGUCAAAACCGAGUGUAUGA